UAUGCAAAUCUUGUUUCAACUGCUGCACAUAUUACAUGUAUAAUCCUGCUACACUUUGCAUUCCUUUGGCAUGAUUUGGCCUUAUUUCAAGCUGUGCCAAUUCCAUUAGACAAGUUCGCGAGCCGGCGGCAAGAGUGAAAGAGUAAAAGAGUGUAACACAGUGGCAGAGUAAACAACACAAAGCCAAGGCAAGGCUAGACACGGGGGCAAAUAGGGCAAGGGAAAAGGCUGAGGAGGGGAUGAGGUUGCUUUUGUUUUUCAACAAUUGCGAUCUACGCGUAAUUCUGGUGUGAAAAUGAAAAGCAAAAUAUAAACAAAGACGUGAGGCGCAGAUAACGCCAGCUGAUAUGAGUAAAAUGCCACCCACAUACACAUACACAUCCACAUACACACAUGCCACAAACACACAUGCCACGCUGUGUUGUUGGAUGCUUAACUGACAUUGCGCCUAACACUUGCUGACACUGCUCGGUGGAGCUGUGAAGCUGCACGAUGGCUGAUGAUGGCCUGGCCAUCAUCAUAUAAAGAGCCGCAGCAGCCGAAGUGGAAGCACAGUUACGACUACGUUUUGGAUUAAACAACACAUGAAAAUGCAUUUUGUAAAUACCAAAUUCAUCUUGCUGAUCUGCAGCCUGUUUGCUGUCUGCCAAGCCGAGUCCAUCGUCAUCUGCGGCGAUGGCUUAGCCGAUAUGCUGAUGCGCAUCUGCGAGAAUGGCUAUAACACCAGAUUUAAGAGAACAGGCGCUAUUCUGCCGGAUUAUAAUGCCAUCGAUUCGGAGAACAACGCUAAUGCUUUAGACAACUUUGGAGCCUACUCGAGCAUCGACUAUCAAAGACAACCUCUGCUCUAUGCCAUGCUGGGCGAGAGUGCUCGUCAUCAGCUGCUUUCGACCCGACGACGUCGAUUUAACAUUGUCGAAGAGUGCUGCGAUAAACCCUGCACAACUCAAGAGCUCAAGAUGUACUGCCGUUAAACUGCCUCCCAAACAGUCAAAGACCAAAGUUCAUAUAGAAUACUUUGCAUUGGACUUAAUUAAGAUAAUGUUACUAUUGUCACACAGCCAAAUGUGCUAAGAGCUAAUUACGAAAAUAACUAUUUUAAAUAAAUAAAUUAUCCUAACUAUUUUUAGUGGUGGUAUGAAAGAAGUAAGAUACUUGCUACCGAUUUCGAAUAAAAGCAAAACAGUGCAGUGUUAUUCUUUAAAUUUACCAAAUAAAUAAACGUAAAAAUACUAA